GAAGAGAACGACGCGCAUAAACUAUGUAGUCUCCGUUAAUACCGGAGCUGUUAAAUUUUAGUGCACAUCCUUACGGAUGCCAUUGAUGUAGAAUUAGCCGCAACUAUGGUCGUGCACAACUUGGCCCAUUGUUUCCUCAGCAAAUUGCCGAUACAUUCGCGCAAUUUACAUGGAGGCAGGAGGAGCAUUCGACACUGGCGAGAGAUUAGCACUUCGGGACCGAUAAAUUGCAGAGAGCCAAAAUUUGAUAAAGUGUUAAUUGCGAAUAGGGGCGAAAUCGCAUGCAGAAUAAUAAGCACCGCCAAGAAGAUGGGCGUGAAAACCGUUGCGGUCUACUCGAUCGUCGAUGCUCAUGCUAAACACGUGAAAAUGGCAGAUGAGAAGGUGUUGAUAGGAGGUCCUGAGUCCAGCGAGUCGUACCUGAACAUAGAAAGGAUAAUUCGGGCUGUUAGAUCGAGCGGAUCGGAAGCUGUCCAUCCCGGUUACGGCUUCCUAUCGGAGAAUGCCAAUUUCGUGGAGGCUUUGGAGCGCGAAGGAAUCGCGUUCGUCGGUCCCUCCUCUGAGGCCAUUACCAGGAUGGGCGACAAACUGGAAUCUAAACGGUUGGCCAUCGAAGCCGGCGUUAACACCGUUCCGGGAUUUGAUGGCAUUAUCAGAGACUCCGCUCAUUGCGUGGAAAUUGCAAACGAAAUCGGCUAUCCGGUGAUGAUAAAGGCGUCGGCCGGAGGCGGUGGCAAAGGAAUGCGGAUCGCCAGAAACGACCUGGAGGCGAGGGAUGGAUUCGCGUUGGCCGCUCAAGAAGCUUUAGCGAGCUUCGGUGAUAAUAGGAUUUUAUUGGAAAAGUACAUCGAUAAUCCACGCCACAUCGAAAUCCAGGUGCUUGGGGACAAGUUCGGAAACGCCGUUCACUUGUUCGAGAGGGAAUGCAGCAUCCAGAGGAGACAUCAGAAAGUCAUAGAAGAAGCUCCAAGUACAUUUUUAGAUGAUGCAACCAGAAGCAGCAUGGGGAUGCAAGCUGUUUCUCUAUGCAAGAAAAUUGGUUACCACUCAGCUGGAACCGUUGAGUUCUUGGUGGAUCAAAACAGAAACUUCUAUUUCUUAGAAAUGAACACUCGAUUGCAAGUUGAACAUCCCAUUACAGAAUGCAUAACCGGGAUAGAUUUAGUUGAGCAAAUGCUGCGUAUUGCUAAAGGCAAUGAGUUGAAGUUAAAGCAAGACGAGAUCAAAAUCGAUGGUUGGGCCAUCGAAAGCAGGAUCUACGCUGAGGAUCCGUACAAGAACUUCGGUUUGCCGAGCACGGGGAAGCUGUACAAAUACCAAGAACCGAAACUCGCGAAAGGCAUGCGCUGCGACAGCGGAAUCCAGGAGGGUUGCGAAAUAAGCAUUUACUACGACGCAAUGAUCUCCAAAUUAAUUGCACACGCUGCGGACAGGAGGAGCGCCAUCGACAAAACCCUCGAAUCGCUCGAUUCUUAUGUGAUCAGAGGUCUAAAACACAACAUCCCUUUGAUCAGAGAUAUCCUGACCGAGCGAAACUUUUUGCGCGGCGAUAUCCAUACAAAUUACCUGUCCAAAACGUACGGCGGAAAGUUCCAAACGAAACCUCUGCAUUGCUCCGAGAAAGUCAAUUUGGUAUCAAUUACCGCUGCAUUGUAUGCUGCCUGGGAUUGUAGAAACAAAACUCUUUUGAAUGGACCCAAUCUGAAGACGCAAAGCGAAUGGGAAUUAUCAAUAGAACUUCUAGAAGAGUCCUACGAUGUGAAACUGCUGAAAACUGCGGACACCACCACCAUUCGAAUCGGGGAUGAAGUUUUCCAAAUCACAAACGGAUUCAAUCUCGUUAAUCCCAUCAUAGAAACGAGGAUUAAUGGAACGCCGAUUAUAAUGCAACUCCUCUCCAAGUGUCCCAGCGGGGAAUUCAAACUGAUUUAUAAAGGGGAGACUCGUCGCUUGAACGUCCUCACCAAAAGGGCUUCGGAACUCCGUCGCUUCGUCCUGGUUAAACCGAAAAUUGAUUACUCCAAGAUCAUAAAGUCUCCAAUGCCUGGAUUGGUGAAAUCUGUGAUGUGCGGUGUCGGCGAUUUUGUCUCCAAUGGACAAAAUCUCUGCAUAAUUGAGGCCAUGAAAAUGCAAAACACGUUGUCUUCAGAUGCGGAAGGAGUUGUAAAAGAAGUUAAUGUCAAAGAGGGGGACGCCGUUUCUGAUGACGACGUACUCAUUAUCCUGGAAUAAGUUUUUAAUUAAGCGACGAAGGCGAAAACCAUCCGCACCGAAACCACAACUUUACAGUAAUUACAUUCUUGUAUUAUAUAUUAAGUAUUUAAGUUUUAAUAUAAC